CAACGCAGGUAAUGGGCAUAGCCAGGGAGCCGGUGAGGGUCUGAAGAGGAUGAAUCCCUGGAAAAGCUACCGAUGUUCAUAGUUUUGGUCGUUAGCACUUGGGAACCUGAAAACCCUUCCCUGUAAUGAGGUUAUCUCGUUAACUCUGGCUGUGCUUAACUUCCACUGAAUACCGGCGACAGAAGGACCGCAGGUCCGGGCGGGGGGCACGGCCUUUACCAGCACCCCCACGCCUCCUGGAACAGCCACCCCACGGGAAACCCUCUCUCCGACGGCCGGGCAGGGCCCGACAGAACGGGCACCACGACCCCGGGAGACGGGGGAGUGACGGCGGGACGCCCGGGCCGGGCGGGCUGUCAGCGGGGCCGGGACAUGUGCAGCGGCGCUGGCGGCGGGGGAGCGGCGCCCCAGAGCCGAGCCGCGCCGCUUCCUGCCUCUAUAAAUAGCCGUCCGGCCCAACAUGUCCCGGCCGUCGCAGCGGCUGGAGCGCCGGCGGGAGCUGCUGUCAGCUCCGGCCGCCUAGCCCGCCCGGAGCGCGGUUUCUUAGGAAGACCAGACAGAACCCAGCCUUCCACCAUGCCUGUGCCACCCCCUCCAGCUCCCCCUCCACCCCCAACACUGGCCUUGGCAAAUACUGAAAAGCCAUCCCUAAGCAGGUCAGAACAAGCAGGGCGAAAUGCUCUGUUGUCUGAUAUUACCAAAGGAAAGAAGCUAAAGAAGACUGUUACUAAUGACAGGAGUGCUCCAAUUCUAGAUAAACCCAAAGGACCAAGUGGAGGUGGUGGCGGUGGCUUUGGAGGAGGUGGUGGUGGCAGCGGUGGGGGCUUUGGUGGUGGCGGUGGUGGCAGCUUUGGUGCUGGUGGACCGCCUGGCCUUGGAGGCCUUUUCCAAGCAGGAAUGCCAAAGCUCAGAUCUGCUGCGAGUCGAGAUGCUGACGCCGGGGGAGCGCGCCCGCCCGCCCUGCCGCCCGGAGGCCGCCCCACAGCCGCCAAGCCCUUCACUCCGCCGAGCUGCCCGCCGCGCUUCCCUGGGCCGCCCUCGGGGCCGCGGACCUCCGCUCCCGAGCCGCAGAGGAGUCGCUUGCCGCCGCCGAGGCCCGACGUCGGCUCCAAGCCUGAUGCCGCGCCGCCCCCGGUGCCCAGCACGCCGCGGCCCAUCGCCUCCAGCCUGCACAACCGGGGCUCGCCGCCGGUGCCGGGCUUGAGCCGUCAGUCCAGCCUGGGACCCUCGCCCCCGCCGUUCCCGGGUAGCCGGAGCUCGGGGCCGGCCGGGUCGCUCCGGCAGCCUGGCCCCAGCGCGGCUCCCCCCUUCUCCGGCAGACCGCCGCUGCCGUCCACCCCGGGCCGGCCGUCGGAGGACAAGCCGCCGCCGCCGCCGCCGCCCCCAGCAGGGCACAGGCCGCCCGCCGCCCGGGACGCGGCCCUGCCCGUGCCGCCGCCGCAGAACAGCAAGCCGCCCGUGCCCUCCGCACCCCGGCCCAGCCUCGGCGCCCCGGCCCCCCCGCCGCCCCCCAGCAGGCCGGGGCCGCCCCCCGUCCCGCCCGUCCCCGUCGGCAGCGACGAGAUGCCGCGGCUGCCCCAGAGGAACAUCUCGCUGGGGUCCUGCCCUGCGCCCGGCGGCGGAGGAGGCCGCUCCGGACCCCUGCCCCUUCCGCCCAGCGAGAGGCCCCCGCCGCCCGUGAGAGACCCCCCCAGCCGAUCAGGCCCACUCCCACCACCUCCUCCCAUAAGCAGGAAUGGAAGCGCUUCACGGGCUCUGCCCGCUACUCCGCAGCUGCCCUCCCGGGCAGGGCUGGACAGCCAGAGAGGUGGACCACGACCGCCGCUUCCCCCCGACCGGCCGGGCUCAGCAGCGCCGCCGCCACCACCGCCGCCUUCAGCCGCUGUCAGAAACGGCUUCCAGGAUCCUGGCGAUGAUGAAUGGGAAAGCAGAUUUUCUUUUCAUCCCAUAUCUGAUUUGCCACCUCCAGAGCCAUAUGUACCCAUGAACAGAAGUUAUCCCAGUAAACUAGCAAGAAAUGAAAGUAGAGGUGGUUCUGGCCGAAAAGAAAGAGGUGCCCCCCCGCUUCCACCUAUACCAAGGUGAAAUGGGUUCUGGCUCAUCUUUGGGUGACGUCUGUUUUCAAGUUUCCUUCAACUAGCUCUCCUAUCCACAUCAUUGGAAAGUUGUCUGUUUUGCUUCAUUUCCACUUUUGGCUUGUCAGUUGGAAAACAACUUCAGUCUCUAUUACAGAAGUAAUAGAUGCAGCUCAUGAACUAUAGUUGCUCAAAGCUAUAAAUUUUAUCUACUUUUACUGCAGGCUGUCAUGAAAGGCAUUUUGUGGACCACACACAACAUACGUGCAUCAAGCUUACUGUGUCCAGCUCUGUCCCCAUGAGAGCUUCACGAGAGGUCUGGCUUUGAAUUUAAUGAGAACUGGAACAAAGCUGUUUCAUUCACUUUGGGUACAGUGGCUGUAAUAUUUGAAUGAUAAAGUACAAUCUAUUUUCUGUUUAAAAACCAGUUUCUGGGGAAAACAGUGUCGCCCAGAGGCACCUGGAUUCUUCUUUGCAUGCCUAACUCAGCCUGUCUGCUUCUGCAAGCCAUAGACUUACUACAUGGUGACCAGGAGUUCAUCCUAAACCUUUUCACUUCAUCUUAACCAAGCACAUCUUAUUUUAAACAAUAGAUGGCACAUCCUGCCCCGAAGGUGGAGUGUGUCUGGCCUUGUUUUUAUCUGCGGAUAAUCGUCCAAAGAAAAGCAGAAGUGAAAAACUCACUUUUUGAGUUUUUUUUUUUUAAUCCCUCUUUCAUUUUUUUUUUAAUAGUGUUAUGUUUUUAGUCACCUGAUUCUUUCCUACUCUGAGGUGGACCAGCUCACAGCCAUCCAUGUUCUGGAUUAUUGUCAUGCCCUCUAUCUGAGACUACAUGCAAAGAGUCCUCAGAAAGUAGCCUUGGUACAAAUGCAGCAAUUAGUAUAGCGGCAGGCUCCUGCUGUAAAGCAUUGCUACCACCAGUGCUCCACAGACUGCUUUCCAGUUGUUUCUUUGGUACAAUUAAAUGAUGGCCUUUGACUUUAAAAGCUUCCUGGGGCUUAGGUCACAAGUCUCAGAGAGAUUGUAUUUGAAUGGCAUUACAGUAGAGCAGCUUAGGUCAAAAAUGUGCGUAAGUGAAAGCCCUUUGAUGUAGUGAAGGAGGUCUGGGGUUUGUGGGUUCAAGUGGGAGCAUCAGCUCUGAAAUUUGCUGUCUGCACUGGUUCAGGAGAAAUGGGAAGAUUUGGCCUUCUGAGUUGAUAAUGAAGCCUGUCCUUUCAAACUUUGCUGAAAGGAGUCUCUGCAGAGAGCUUCAGGGCUUUCAUUAAUGGAAGAGAGUGUAAAGUAUUCUAACAUUGUGACAAUUGGUUAAUAUGUUUAAUGGCUUUUCAAUGUUGUAUAUGAGAAAAAAGUUCAUUGUGUGAGUGCAUUUACAAAAAUAUCUAAAUGCAUAUAAAAUGCCUUUGGAAAUUAGGGGAAGAUUAUAAUUCUGGAUUUGAAAUAUUGCUGAAUGCUAGCUCUUUGUUAAUUGGACUUUAGAAGGUUAGCUCUGAAAAUCUCUUCUGUCUUCUCAGCAGUUUGUGUCUUCAGCAUACUCUUUGGGAUCCCUCCCAAGCCUGUAUCAGCAGCCAUGCUUCACAGGGUGUUGCUCAAGGAAUAGUCAUGUUGGUUAAGAAAAUGUUUCUGUAGCAUGGGAGGCAUGAUCCUAAGUACACUCUACAGCUAGAAUGAGUUCAGUCCUUCAAAAUCUAGGGAAUAUAGAGGAGAAGGGUCUGGACCCCACUGAAGUGUUAGUGCAUUGGACUUCUUGCUCUAUCAGUGGGCAUGGAGGGAUAGAUCCCCUUUCUGCCUGACAGCCUGGACGGUCACAAUGAAGAGGAUGAGGCAGAGUUGUAUUUGGCCAGAUCAAAUUUAAUUUGGCCUUUUCAGUGUUUGUUUACAAAAUCUUAUUAGCUGUGAUAGCAUUUGAUUAUGUACCUGGUUUUUACAUUUUUAUAUCUAAAGACCUAUUUUAAGUUACUAUUUAUGGUCUUGAACCCGCAAUUAAAUGCGCAGGCGCAGGGAUGUAACUACACCUAAUUGCAGGCUCGUGGCUGUAAGAGUUUCUUAAAACAGAUAUUAGUGGGACCUCCAUGUGACAGGUGCACCAGGGAUCAAACCUAGCUCAAUACUGAAUUUCUAUAUGUAUUUUAUGGGUGUCACUUAAAGUGCCUGUCUCUUUGGGAUAUUAUUAUGGGAAUAGAAGUCCAAAUAAGAUUUUUAGCAUAAUAACUUAAAGGAUAAAUUAUUGUAUUCAUGCUUUUAAACUGAAGCACUUAUAAGUUUCUAAGGAACAACAUUCUGAAUUUAAGAGUACAAUAUUUUCAGUACCUUGACCUGCCAAAUCCUUAUUAAUAUCCAAACAGCUAUACAGCCAAAAAAAAAGAACCAAAACGCAAACCCUCCAGAAACUAUACUUUUUUUUAUCACUUACUUGCUUCCAGCAUGACUGUUUUACUUUGAGUAAGUCAAUGAAAAUGCUGCACAUUGUUCUGCCAAUUCUCUGCAUCAUUCAAAAUAUUCUAUAUUUGAUCUUUUGAGCAAGGUUUUCUGACCAGAAAUUCUGGACCACUACCAAAGACUUGGCAAACCAACUUCAGUCUCACCUUAAAAUGUGCUUUGUAAAAGGCCCUCAGUCAACCAGCCACAAAAGCUGAGCUGUUUGGGUUUAGCACUUCUUUGUACUAUAGAAAGCUCUUCAGAAUAGAUGUUUGGCAUAUAUGUAAAAUAGCUUAACAAUGGAGAAGGAGGAUUUUUUU